UAUCGUUGUUACAUUCUCAUCGAUCGUCUGCGCGGUUAAAAUGGCGACACGGUUAGAGAAAGUUAGACGAAAAGUCAGCAGAAGCAGCAGUAGCAGCCAUGCACGUGAGCAGAUCUGAGUCAGACAGAAAGGGGCGAUUACUGAAACUCAGCGGUAGAAUAUUUAACUUGCUUCAGAUUCUCUCCCUGGCAGUCUUUGCUAAGCAUCUCUUAUGCUACCUUUACGUCAAACUGAAAGCGACAGAGAACUUUUCCAGUCCCACAAGCGACGAUACAAGUGAAGUGCCAGACUCACAGAUCACAGAAAUCGAACCUGUCCUCUGGAAUUCUCCAUUGCCUUCCACUGGUUUUGGACUUGAUGAGGUCCUCGUCAGCCUGAUGCUUGUUGGUUGUGUUCUACGUCAUUGGCCUGACCUGCUUGACCCCAACGCGCGCUCUUCUCAGUGCAAGACUUCUUGCGUGAACUUCGUCGCUGAUUACGUCCUCCGUCUCGCUGACAUUCAAAGCGACGAAAAAAAGAUAAAGCUUUCCCAAACAGCUCGAGAUCCCCCUACCAGCGAGGACGGAGACUCCCAACUGCAAGCUUCCCAGAAAGACAACAAACGUCAAGACACGAUGGGAUUAGCAGACCGGCGCGCUGACAAAACCACUGAAGUUCGCUCCGAGAUGCUGGGCCUUGACGGGUGGGAGGAGAACUCGCUGACUAAAGUCAAGCAAACAAAAGAAUCGUCUCCUAACAAGAAAAAGCUACUACUGAAAUAUCACUCUCAUUCUACCAUGCUGAAAUCCCUCAUGCGAUAUAAAAUGAAAGCUGACACCCUGCGUCACGUGACGGAGAGCAAACAGCGCAUGCUUGGAGCCCUUUGUGUCCAGCGGAGGUCGUUGGCCUCAGACCUUGCCACUCUGAUGGAGCUCGUGCGCACCUCUCGCAAUCACCUUGACAACCAGCGGGAAGUUAACCGCAAUCUUCUUCUCAAAAUCGAGCAGCUAUGUGGGCCUAGUUGUGUAAGCGAUGUCUCAGGCAACGACAUCUGCAGCAGAGAAGUCUCGACAGACAGGAAGGAUGAGUUUUUAUCUGAUGCUUAACCUGCGAAAGACCCGCUCCAGUCAACACUGCCAAGCCACACUAAACUGACUACUCGAUCUAACAUCGUCAUCAUCAUGAACAGAUGAGAAUCCCAAUCACUGUGACUAGCAUUGCUACAGCCUAAAACUUACAAAAGCAAUAAAUAUCUUUAUGAGACGAAAAUGACAGUCCUACGAUGAAUGUAUUUUUCAGAAGCAAUGUAUCUGAAUACAUAGACCGUCA